AUGGCACCCUCACCACACAUCGUAAUCAUCGGCGCUGGUAUUGUCGGCGCCAACCUCGCCGAUGAGCUGGUCUCCCGAGGAUGGAGCAAUAUUACCGUCGUCGAACAGGGCCCGCUGCAGAUGCCCGGGGGCUCGACAUCGCAUGCUCCAGGCUUAGUCUUUCAAACCAACCCGUCCAAGACAAUGACGCGUUUCGCACAGUACACCGUGGAGAAAUUGCGUUCUCUCGAGAAAGACGGGCAGAACUGCUUCAACCAGGUCGGUGGCUUGGAGAUCGCCACCACGCCGGAGCGACUUGAGGAGCUGAAGCGGAAGCAUGGGUAUGCGUCUGCGUGGGGCAUCGAGGCGCGGCUCGUGAGUCCAGCCGAAUGCGUGAAGAUGUAUCCGCUCCUGAACGAGGAAAUCGUGCUCGGGGGGUUGCAUAUCCCCAGCGACGGGCUGGCGCUCGCAGCCCGAGCCACGCAGCUGCUCAUCGAACGCACACGACACGCAGGCGUGCGCUACUUAGAGAUGACGCCGGUCACCGGGAUCCAAAAGACCGCAAAUCGCGUCACCGGCGUCGUCACCUCCGCCGGCGUCAUCGGCGCGGAUAUCGUAGUCUCCUGCGCCGGGUUCUGGGGCGUGGAGGUAGGCGCCAUGGCCGGCGUGUCCAUCCCCCUCCUGCCCCUCGCGCACCAGUACGCCAAAACCACCCCCGUCCCAGCGCUGGCGGGCCGCGAGAUCAACCACCGCCCCAAUGGCCUCAACGCCACGUUCCCCAUCCUCCGCCACCAGGACCACGACCUCUACUACCGCGAGCACGGCGACGCCUACGGCAUUGGCUACUAUGGCCACAGCCCGAUGCCCGUCGAGGCGGCCUCCCUCGGCCGCACCCCGAGCCACGUCGACGAGAAGACCAUGCCGUCCAGGCUGAGGUUCACCGCCGACGACUUCGCCCCCGCCUGGGCCGAAACAAAGCGACUCCUCCCCGCGCUGCGAACAUGCCAACUCGCCGACGGCUUCAAUGGCAUCUUCUCCUUCACGCCCGACGGCGGCCCGCUGGUCGGCCCCGCCCCCACGCUCGACAACUUCUACGUCGCCGAAGCAGUCUGGGUGACGCACUCGGCUGGCGUUGCGCGCGCACUGGCCGAGCUGCUGGUCGAGGGCUCGUCCCGCACCGACCUCGCCGAAUGCGAGCUCUCGCGCUUCGAGGAGGUGCAGCUCAGCCGGGACUACGUGGCUGAAACCUCCUCCCGCAACUUCAUCGAGAUCUACGAUAUCCUACAUCCGUUGCAGCCGCGUGAGUCGCCCCGGCAGCUGCGCGUGAGUCCGUUCUACGCGCGGGAGAAAGACCUCGGCGCGUUCUUCCUGGAGUUGGGCGGGUGGGAGAGGCCGUUCUGGUAUGCCGAGAACGAGAAGCUCGUACGCUUUCUGCCGGCGGAAUGGCGCCCGGUGGAGCGGGAUGCCUGGUCGGGCAGAUACUACUCGCCUGUUGUCGCGGUUGAGGCGUGGAAGACACGCAAUGCGGUCGCGAUGUACGAUAUGACUUCCUUCCACCGGUUUGAGGUGUCGGGGCCGGGGGCGAGCGCGCUGCUGUGUCGGUUGAUGACAGGCCGUGUACCGGACGUAGGACAGAUCGCUUAUACGCUGCUGUUGAACGAGCGGGGCGGCGUCCGCAGCGAUCUCUUUGUGACGAGGCUCGGCGCGGAGAUGUUUCAGAUUGGAGCCAACACCGCGACUGACUUUGCGUAUCUCUCCUGCGAAGCUCGGCGACAGGGCCAGAAGUCCCCAAGGCAGUGGGUUCAGGUGCGCGAGGUGACGGGUCAUACCUGCUGUCUUGGCCUUUGGGGCCCUCGCGCCCACGACGUCGUUCGCACGUUAACGACUGACGACCUCUCCAAUACCGGGCUGCCAUAUAUGCAUGCUAAGCGCACCACCCUCGGGGGCCUCCCCGUCACAGUCCUCCGCAAGUCCUACGUCGGUGAAAGCGGGUGGGAGAUCCAGACGAGCGCCGAGUACGGACUUCGCCUGUGGGAUAUCAUAUGGGCCGCGGGCCAGCCGCACGGUCUUAUUGCCGCCGGACGAGCAGCCCUCAACGCGUUACGACUGGAGAAGGGAUACAGGACCUGGGGGGUGGAUAUGACCAGCGAGCACGAUCCCUUCGAAGCGGGAGUGGGUUCCGCGGUGCAGCUGGACAAACAAGAAGACUACGUGGGUAAGGCUGCAGUGCAGCGACUCGCAAGGGUGCAGCCUACGCGUCGGUUACGGUGUUUGACCAUCGACGACGGACGGUCGAUGGUGAUGGGUAAGGAGCCUGUCUUUUGGAAGAACAAGGCCGUAGGGUAUGUUACCACUGCAGCGUUUGGGUAUACGAUUCGGAAACCUAUCGCGUAUGCUUGGCUUCCUUCAUCGAUCCGAGACAGUGAAACGGUGGACGUGGAAUAUUUCGGGCGGAAGAUCAGGGCUACGGUGACAAAGGAGCCGGUCUAUGAUCCUGACGACCAGGCGCUGACUGGAGCGACGGUGGCUGGGCCUGAUUUGAGGCCGUUGAGGCAUCGUCUAUAG